AUGAGGUUGUUUUCACUCAAUUCACGGAUUUUAAUUCAAAUUACAAUCACACUUUUAUUAAGUUUUGGACAGUCAAAAAUUUGGCCUAAACCAAAUUUUCAAGUAAGCUACCACAACAAUGGCAUCAUGCUUAUACCAGCUAGUAGCUUCCGUUUCAAAGUGUUGGUGAACACUUGUGACAUUCUAGAAGCUGCUCUGAAAAGGUACCACACAUACCUUUUACUUGAGCGCACGGCAGAUUACUUGGGCCGAUUAGAUUACAAGUCGUCGGACAACUUCCGAGGAAACCUCACGAUAUUGGGCGUUGCUUUGAUGGCACCGUGCGAGGACUCGCCCUAUUUUGGCAUGGAUGAACACUACGAACUGAGAAUUGACAGUGAAGAUGUGCCAGAAGCUGGGAAGUUAGUGGCCAACUCAGUAUGGGGCAUAUUGCGCGGACUGGAGACGUUUGUGCAGCUUGCUGUGCCCUCUGAAGGAGACGAGGCUCAUUUAUUCGUUAGCAGCUGCUUGGUGUCAGACUUCCCUCGGUACUCUCAUCGCGGACUGAUGAUCGACACCUCGCGGCACUUUCUCCCUCUGUUCACCCUGUUCACUCUGAUUGACGGGAUGGAAGCGAGUAAGCUGAACGUUUUGCAUUGGCACAUGACCGAUGACGCCGCUUUUCCCUUCAGAAGUGCUCGCUUCCCUGAGUUCAGUGAAAAGGGGUCCUUCCACCCUUAUACGCACGUUUAUACGCUGAGCGACGUAAUAUCUGUGGUCGAGUACUGCAAGCUGCGCGGGAUCCGCGUAAUUCCUGAGUUUGACACUCCAGGUCAUUGCCGAUCCUGGGGACAAUUAUUCCCGCAUCUUUUGACGAAGUGCUACGAUGAAAACGGGGUGGCAGAUGGCACAUUAGGACCUAUAGACCCCACAAGCCAGUUUUCUUACGACAUUGUUAAAGGCUUGCUUGCCGAGGUUUCGCAGGUGUUCACUGAUAGUCACAUGCAUUUGGGUGGGGAUGACAUACAGCUAGAUUGCUGGGAAAGCAAUCCUGCCAUAAACCAAUAUUUAGAGGAAAAUGGACUAGCUGGUGAUCACAGGAUUUUAGAGGGUGUUUACAUGGACCAAGUGGCAUAUUUCGUGACUGUUUCUCUGGAGCGACAGAUUAUUGUGUGGCAAGACUUGUUCGACAACGGAGCAGCGAGUCUCGACCUGGAAACGGUGGUGCAAGUCACGAAGGCUGAGGGGUUUCAAGAAAAGCUUCAAAAUAUCACAGAAAAAGGUCACCUCGCUCUUCUCUCCGCCUGUUGGCAACUGGACCACCUGGAGUCCAAGUGGGAAGACAUGUAUGAUUGCGAGCCUGGUUAUUUUGUUGGUGAACAACCUGGAAGGGUGAUCGGUGGAGAGGCAACCAUGUGGACGCACUACGUUGACCACACAAAUAUCGUGUCGAGGGUUUUUCCGAGGGUGAGCGCGAUGGCUGAACGACUCUGGAGCACAUCACACUCUCUUGACGCGGUGGAGGCGACCGCGAGAAUGGAUCGAUUUCGUUGUCUAUUACUCAGGAGAGGUGUUGAUGCUGAACCGUCUAUUGGUCCUGGAUUUUGUCUAGGCGAAACUUUCCAUAAUUAAAAAAAAAAAUGUUGUGUGAAGAUAAUACAGUAUUUAUAUUUCAAAUUUGAAAAAAACAUUCGUCUUGAAUUUCAUGGUAUAGAAAUUUAGUCAUGUUUUUAUUGUGAAACCGAAAUAAAUUAUAUUUCAAGCA